AGGCAGCAACAAUCUCAUCGUGGUAGAUGUAAGCGGUUGAAGAAGAGAAGCCGCAGCUUGUUAGGGAAGGAGCUUUCACAGAAGACACUAGGCCUAACAGUUGAUGAAUUAUCAACAUUUACUAGCUAACGUAACACUCAUAGGUUACUCCGACAUUAGCUCACAGUGUAAAAGGGUAAACAUAAUGAUUGUGUCAAGGACAGAGUAUAUUUUACAAUGUCAAUCUCUAAAAAUCAACCACAUGAUGAACAGCACCUGAAACGUUUGGUCAUAGUGUCUAAUUAUGCUGCCAUCCAUUCAUCGUGGGAUAUGGAGAGCUGCUGACCACAUACUUAGGACAAGUAGAGGAACUCCACCUUGCAGAUUCCUCUCCACCUUUAAUGGAGUCCCAGUUGGAAUAGCUGAUGCUGAGACCAUCUUUGCAUUAUCAUCAGGCCAUGGCAGGUGUGGGGUGGCUGUGGUACGAGCCAGUGGUCCAGCCUCAGCUACAGCUCUGAGGUGUAUGACCGGGCUCACCCGCAAACUGCCUCCUCCACGCACCGCCUUGUUACGCAGCAUCACAGACCCCCAAUCCAAAGAAGUGCUGGACCGCGGACUUGUCUUCUGGUUCCCAGCUCCUCACAGUUUCACAGGAGAGGACAGUGUGGAGUUCCACAUCCACGGCGGUCCUGCUGUCAUUAGUGCUGUGUUACAGGCUCUAGGAAGCGUGCCUGGCAUGAGGCCUGCUGAAGCUGGAGAGUUCACGCGGCGGGCCUUUCAAGCAGGAAAGCUGGAUUUAACAGAGGUGGAGGGGCUCGGAGAUCUGAUCCAUGCUGAGACAGAGGCUCAGAGGAGACAGGCUCUCAGGCAGAUGUCAGGAGAGCUGGGACGCCUCUAUCAGGACUGGACCCACAAACUCAAACGGUGUCUGGCUCAUGUCGAGGCCUUCAUAGACUUCAGUGAGGAUGAGCUCAUUGAAGAUGGGGUCUUAAACCAAGUGGACAAAUCAGUGUGUGAUCUGCAAGCGGAGAUGGAGCGCCACCUAAAGGAUGAGAGGAGGGGCGAGCGGCUACGCAGUGGAGUCCAGGUGGUCAUCGCAGGAGCCACCAAUGCAGGGAAAAGUAGCCUCCUUAACACACUCUGCCAAAGACCUGCAGCCAUUGUGUCUCCCAUUGCUGGCACCACCAGGGACAUAGUAGAGACGGCACUGGACAUCGGUGGAUUCCCUGUCCUGUUGAGUGACACAGCCGGCCUCAGGGAGAGCCUAGACCUGGUGGAGAGAGAGGGGGUCCGCCGUGCUCGGGAAAGAGUGGAACAGGCAGAUCUGACCCUGGUGGUUGUGGACUGUACUGAUCUCCCCUCUGAUGCACAGCAAGCUGCAGCCUUCCUUCAGGAUCACCUCAGGAGAGUCCUGCCCAACCAGGAGCAGCCUGAGACAGUAUUUCCUGCAGACAGGCUUCUUCUUGUGCUGAAUAAAACUGACAUGUUGCCUGAGGAGCGGAGGCUGAAGCUGGACAGGGAGUUAAGACGUGUCUCUGGACUACCUCCGGUUUGUCUGAUCUCUUGCCACACUAAUGAAGGACUGCAGGACUUCCUCACAGUGCUACACGGCAGCGUCAAAACUCUGUGUGGCGACCCUCUGUCAGGUGCCCCCACCCUGACCCAGGCCCGCCACAGGGCCCACCUGCAGCAGUGUUUUGCGGCCCUGGCUCAGUACCAGCGGUACCGCGACAUUGACCUCGCUCUGGCAGCCGAAGGCGUCCGGUUGGCUCUCACCAGCCUGGGUCGGAUCACUGGACGUGUCGGGGCAGAGGAGAUCCUGGAUAUCAUCUUCAAAGACUUCUGCAUUGGAAAAUAGUCAGUUGACGAGACAAAAAGGGCACCAGCUUGGCAUUAUACCAGGCUUCGAGGCACAGCAAGAGUAAAAAGAAUAAAAUUCAUGUUCUUGGCUGCAGGGUCACUCUGCUCCCAAGACACAGAAAUAUUUUUCUGUUGAUGCUUUUUGGCAGACUGAAAUAGUUUUAACGUGAUGACAGGUGCCUCCGAGGCCUCAUCAGCUGGACAAGUGUUUGGCAAGUCUUGAGUCUUAAAAAAAAAAAAAAAAACUUCUGAACGCCUUGGAUUGGUGAAAAUUGGACUCUUGGGGUUGCAACAUAACAGCCAUGAUCAUUUCAAAUAAAGACAGCUGCAGACCUCUUCAAGGCCAUGGACUCAAAGUUUGGAUGUUUACUUGUACUGCAGGACAAUGACUGUUUUUAAUUAUUAUUUGGGAGAGAAUUUUGUGUGUGAGAAAUGUUAUUACUUUACAUCCACUAUUUGUGUGAAUGCUGAUUCAGCAGCAUUCAUAGUAUUAUCAGAUUCUUCCGUACAAUUUCCUGUUGUCUACUACUUCUGUAUACUUUUAGCUACAAUAAAACAUUCACAUAUCAAAA